UCCAUAUCUCACAUGAACUUUGGAGCUGACCUACAUGCGUUUAAGUCUCCGAGCACCGCUCACUGACUGUACUCUGCUGUGACUCCUGUUCAGUUUGCACAAAAACACAAUAUUUGAUACAUUUGAAACCCCCCCUCAGUUGCGCGCAGCAGGGAUGGCAGAGCCCAGCGGGAUCUUGAUAAAAGGAGGUACAGUUGUGAAUGAGGACUGCUCCGUGAUCGGCGACGUCUACAUUGAAAAUGGGAAAAUAGUUGAAGUUGGACGGAAUCUGCAGAUCCCAGCGGGAGUGCGUGUCAUUAAUGCCACCGGUAAACUGGUGAUCCCGGGCGGCAUCGACACGCACACACACAUGGAGCUGGCGUUCAUGGGCACCAAGGCUGUGGACGACUUCCACACCGGAACCAAGGCCGCUCUAGCAGGAGGGACCACAAUGAUCCUGGACUUUGCCAUCCCCCAAAAGGACAAGUCUCUCCUGGAGGCCUACGACUGUUGGCGUAAGACAGCUGACCCCAAAGUUUGCUGCGACUACUCGCUGCAUGUCGCCGUCACGUGGUGGAGCGACAAGGUCAAAAAAGAGAUGCAGACCCUGGCCAAAGAGAAGGGAGUGAAUUCCUUUAAGAUGUUUAUGGCCUAUAAAGAUAUGUUCAUGCUGCAGGACUCUGAGCUAUAUGCUGCCUUCUCCCAGUGUAGGGACAUUGGAGCUAUAGCUCAGGUGCAUGCUGAGAAUGGAGACCUGAUUGCAGAGGGGGCUAAGAAGAUGCUGUCCAUGGGCAUCACAGGGCCAGAGGCCCAUGAGCUGUGUCGGCCGGAGGAGGUGGAGGCCGAGGCCACCCAGCGAGCCAUCACUAUCGCCCACGCUGUCAACUGCCCGCUGUAUGUGGUCCAUGUCAUGAGCAAAUCUGCCGCCAAGGUGGUGUCUAAUGCACGCAGAGAUGGGCGUGUGGUGUUCGGGGAGCCCAUUGCAGCUGGACUAGGCACCGACGGGACUCACUACUGGCACGAAGAGUGGGCCCAUGCUGCUGGCUUUGUCAUGGGUCCUCCUCUCAGACCUGACCCCAGCACCCCUGGGUACCUCAUGGACCUACUGGCCAAUGAUGAUCUCAGUGUGACGGGGACGGACAACUGCACCUUUUCUGUGUGCCAGAAGGCUCUCGGCAAAGACGACUUCACCAAGAUCCCUAAUGGAGUGAAUGGAGUGGAGGACCGGAUGUCUGUCAUCUGGGAGAAAGGAGUGCACAGCGGCAAAAUGGACGAGAAUCGAUUCGUAGCCGUCACCAGCAGCAACGCAGCAAAAAUAUUCAACUUCUACCCGCAGAAAGGCCGUAUCGCCAAGAACUCGGAUGCUGAUGUGGUUAUAUGGGACCCCAAGAAGACAAGGAAGAUAUCAGCCAAGACCCACCACCAGGCUGUGGACCACAACAUCUUCGAGGGCAUGGAGUGCCACGGUGUCCCUGUCAUCACCAUCUCCAGAGGCAAAGUGGUCUAUGAAGAUGGGCAGCUAAAGGUGUCACCAGGACACGGCAAAUUCAUCCCCAGAAAACCCUUCUCUGAAUUUGUUUACAAAAGAAUCAAGCAAAGGGAGCAGGUGGGGAAACCUACAGCUGUGAUCAGAAAGCCCUAUGAAGGCAAAGUCAUUGCUGUAUGAACAACUGACCUAGAAGAUGAAAGGCACUUUGAAUGCCCAGCUGUGUGGCUCCAGUACAAUCCAGAAGCUACCAAAGCCAAGACAACAGAGUGCUGUCUCACUGAUAAACCUACUUAAAAUAAACAUACAUACAUUAUUCAGUCAUUUAAAUCACUGUGUGCAGUAAAGGUGGUGGGGUUGGUCUUUAGGUCAACUCUGAUAAACAUCUAGGUCAAUGUUCUGUUGGCAGAUAAUACCUUUGUUAUAUUUGUUCAACUGUGAAAAGUUUCAAGGUCAGCUCUGCUCAGUACACAGGUCAGUAGAACCCACUGUGCUGCUGAAAAUUAUAUUUGCUCUAACAUACAUUAUGCAAUCAUGUAAUUCACGGUAAGGAAUGAAAAUGGAGCUUUUGCAUUUGAUUUCAUGUUUAAAAAAGGGUGGUGUGAUUCGAAGAGAGGAUAUUUCAUCACUUUUAUAGUGCAUGCAUUUUAUUGUUAUAAAAUCAUUUUUAAAAACUAGCUUUAGUUUUGAAUGUGCCUGAUUCUUCUUUUAAUGUUUUAAUUUUCAACCCCUUUUUCCUAAAUGUUUGUUGCCAUUGGUAAUGGGACUGAAGUUUCUCACCCAAGAGCAUCCUUCCUUUUGAUUGAAUAUUCAUUCAAAUACACUGACAUGCGUGAAAGUAUUAAGGUUUACUUUGUUGACCCAAAUUGACUCUGUAUUUGCAUACUCAGCAGGAUUGCACAUUAUCAUAUGCACUCCAUCUAUGCCCAUGUAUGGACUGCAUUCAUUCCUUCCCACGGUAAAAGGGUCUGUGGCUGUCACCGAGCAUCAUGUGGCAGCUUCCUAUUGGGCUGGCAUGCUGGCGCGGUAUUAUGCCACAGGGCCAGUUGAGACAUAAUGUGAGCUUAUCAGGUUGCCACACGGGUCAGUGGCAGCGUGUGAGUCACAGAAGGCCUACUCAUCCUUGAGCUGUACCACUUCCUUCCUCUUGUCUCUGACAGUGGAAGGGAUGGUGUGGGAUUGUACAGUCCAGACUGAGUGUCUCUGAAAAUGGUGAUGUGCCCUGCUGGAUUCUCUUUACAGUCAUCUACAGAUUCUAAUUGGAGUUCAUAGAAGUAAAUAACAAGGAAGAAUACACUAAAACAUGUUUAAUGUUGAUUCAACUUUUAAAAAUUGAGGUAAUGAUUCACAUAAAAUACUGAAUCAUCAGAAUUCCACUCGUGUAACUGAAAGUAAGUCCAGGCAAACUAUUUUACGAGAGUAGGAAAAACUAUUCUUUUUUUUUUAAUUAGACCGCAUAUAAGAGUCCACAAUAUAAUAUAACGGUCUGGUCUGCUCAUUAAGAGCAAUUUGAGGUUAUGUGUCCCAAAUGAUGACAAUAAGAAGAGUUUUUUCUUAACCAACUCUUUGCUGGUUUAAUUUAAUUCAAAUAGGAAAUUUCACUUUGAUCAAAUCUUAGACAUAACAAAUAAACAAAUAAUUUCAGAAUAAUGGAAUUAAAAAAAUAUACAUUGAAUGAACGAGAGCAAUGUUAUACUUUGCAAGUUGAUGUAAAACUGAUGUGAAGGAGUUGAAAUAAAAGCAAGUGUAGUUCCA